CAGCCAAUCAACAUGAAGCCGAGCGGAGGCGCCAAAGCGGCGGAGAGGCCUCGAGUCCGGGCCUGAACCCGAACCCGAACCCGAACCCGAGUCCGGGGGCCGCUCCCCGGAUUGUCGACUUCCCUUUCUGCGGUGUUAGCGAGCGGCCGUCAUGCAACCAUGAAGCGAGUACGCACAGAACAGAUACAGGCUGCAGUGGCUCACUACCUCCGAAGAAGACAAUAUGUAGACUCCGAUGGAGCCCUGAAGCAAGGACCCAAAUUUUCUCAGACUGCAGAGGAAAUGGCAACUAACUUAACAGUUCAGGCAGAGUCUGGUUCUCCCAAUGUGGUGUCUGCAGCUCCCUGUCAAGCUGAUCCUAAUCAAUAUGAAAUACAGUUUGCAAGGUUGAAAAUCUUCCUUUUCGAUACUGAAUCAAAGUACAGCCGAGAAGUGAAACAAUUGCUCUACCCUUUAUUUGUCUACCUCCACCUUGACAUGGUGCACAGUGGUUUGAAGAGUGCAGCAGACAGCUUCUACAGUCAUUUUCACGGGAUGUUCCUACAAAAUACGGAUCAGAAGGACAUCAUGGAACAGCUACGGACUACCCUGAAUAGCCAGGACAUUUAUUCAAACUCCAAACUGCGUAGCCUGAUUGAAAACAAAUAUGUUCUUACCCUUACUGAAGAAAGCUACAACUAUCUCCUCCGCUACCUCCAGAGUGACAACAAUAGUGCUUUGUGCAAGGUUCUGGCCUCUCGGGUUCAGCUGGAUGUGCAGUGUUCUCCACAGACAGGCUAUCAGCUGUACAGUGUCGGGACACUAUCUCGCAACGAGGGGGUAGGCAUGGAGCCCUCAGAGCUACCCUCUACCAUGUUGCAGAAUGAAGCUGCGCUGGAUAUGUUGCAGGACACCAUAAAACGGGUAAAAGAUGGACCUCCCUCUCUCACAACCAUUUGUUUCUAUGCUUUCUACAACACAGACCAGCUGCUCAAUACUGCAGAAAUUUCACCAGACAACAAACUGCUUAGUGCUGGUUUUGAUAACUCUUGCAUCAAACUCUGGAGUUUGAGGUCGAAGAAACUCAAGUUCGGACCCCAGCAGGUGGAUGUCUCUCGCAUCAACCUUGCCUGUGAUAUCUUGGAUGAUGAGGUGGAAGAUGAUGUGGGCAGCGAAAUGAAAAUCCUACGAGGGCACUGUGGGCCUGUAUAUGGCACCAAAUUCCUCUCUGAUAAUUCAGGACUCCUGUCUUGUUCAGAAGACACAACAGUCCGUUACUGGGAUUUGUGCAGUUUCAAGAACACUGGUUUGUAUCAAGGACAUGCUUAUCCAGUCUGGGACAUUGAUAUUAGUCCCCUGAGCCUUUACUUUGUAAGUGGAUCGCAUGAUCGGACAGCAAGACUUUGGGCGCUUGACAGAACGUACCCACUACGCAUUUAUGCGGGUCACUUAGCAGACGUAGACUGUGUUAAGUUCCACCCGAACUCUAAUUACAUAGCCACAGGCUCGAUAGAUAAAACUGUGCGGCUGUGGAGUACACAGCAAGGGAAUACUGUGCGUCUCUUCACGGGACAUCGUGGACCUGUGUUGGCAUUGGCUUUCUCUCCUAAUGGAAAGUACUUGGCUUCAGCGGGUGAAGAUCAGCGACUGAAACUAUGGGACCUUGCAUCGGGUACUUUAUUCAAAGAGCUGAGAGGGCACACUGACAAUAUAACUAACCUUGCGUUUAGUCCGGAUAGCAGUUUGAUAGUUUCAGCAUCUGUUGAUAAUUCAGUUCGUGUCUGGGAUAUUCGUAACACUUACUCUAAUUCAUUGGUGGAUGGUUCUUCCAGUGAGCUGGUGGGCGUAUAUAUGGGACAGACCAGUAACCUUUUGAGUGUGCAGUUCAUGGCCUGCAAUCUGGUUUUGGUUACAGGGGUUGCACAAGAAAAAAAAGAACAAUAAGCAUAAAAGAACAAUUCCCACUAUUUAAUUAGAAGCUCCUAAGAAAAGUAAGCCAUCAGAGGACCAGGUGUAUCAUGAAUUUACCUUACUGACUUUCUUUGGGGAGACAUAUCGUGAGUGUACCAUACAGUCUUGCUUUGAUUACAACUUGUUGCAGCCAAACACACCACCUGUUGCACAAUCUUCCAAUAUUUAGAUAGGAAAGAGUGAUUUUAUGAUGCACACUGGGACUGAAAUGGUGGUUCUCCCCUUGCCAACCCUGGGACAUCUGUGCCGGGUGUCUGAGUCACUCAGUUUGCAGUCCUAUGCAAAUCCACUCGGCGCAGAAGCUCCGAUCAACACGUGGUUGAGGUUAAGACGCAUGCUUGUAUCACUGUAUUGCUAUGACAUUCAGAACGUGAAUCGGACACCAUUCCGAUGCUAACUGCCAUUUUGUCCAUCUGUUGGAUGAAGUAUACCACUCAUACACAAUCAGCCGAAAGGUGACUGGAAUGUUCUUGCUGUAAUUCAUUUCAUCUGAUCUUAUGUUCAAAACAAACAAAACCUUGCUGAAAUUUGAGUUCCUCUGUUACACUAGCCCAGAUGUUUAAUUCUGCAAUUUUCUGGCAGAUAUGCUUGUAAGGCAGGGGUUGAUUAUGUUUAAUCUGUGAAGCAGUGUAUUGUGAAAUUAUGAAAGGGAUUUAAGAAGUACUUCACAUACAGCCACAGGCCUUUAGAAAUGAAAUGAACCUUCUGCUCUGUCUCCAGAAAAACAUCAAGAUACGUUUUGUCAAACUGCGUAUUAAACUCUGUUUUGCACAGUGUGAGAUGAAUUUGAUUCCUGCUUUCCAAAUGCAGUUUGUCGUUUCUGAAUACAAUGUCAAUUGUUAGUUGUGGUUUUUACCAGUGAUCAAGAUAUUGUUGUUUGGAAGAAAUCUCACAAUUUAAUUGUAACACUGAGGCAAAGAUUUACAUAAAUAUACAUUUGUUUC